AUGCCUAAACCAUAUAAUUUCCGUGAAUUUUUUACUUUAGUUGAUAAUCCAACUAAUAAAACAAAUGCAAAAGCAGUGUGUAAUUUUUGCGCACUUAAAAAUGGUGGAAUUCAAGUAGCAAAAUUAAAACCUGAUUAUAGUGAUUCUGAUGAAAAUGACCUUGAUAAACUUGAUGAAAAUGAACUUGAUAAAGAUGAACUUGAUAAUGAUAAAAAUGAACUUGAUAAAAAUAAUAAUUCGAAAAAUGACAAUAUAAAUAAUCAAUUUUUAGAAAAUGAUAUUGACGAAUCUAUAGCUAAUGAUAAAAAUCAAUGGAUUACAAUUGUUGAUCAAUGGAUUAUCGCAACUCAAUAUGAAAAUCAAGUAGAUGAUAUAAGAGAUCAA